UCUCCCCCCAUGAGGACUUCAGAAUGUCUUUGUCUACAUCAUGGCUUCUCUUACCUGUAGUACGAAGUUUUGUGACAUCAGCUAAAUCAAACAUUAAUUGUCAUCGAGCUAGUAUAGCACGCAUUGGACGACUGACAUAUACACGCAAGUACCCAACAAUAUUAGUACAAAGUGAUGGAUCGACUCUAAACAUUAGAUACCAUGAACCACGAAAAAUAAUUAAGAUGCCACUUGACCUAUCCACUCUUACUGAAGCUGAGAGGAAGAAACGGAUAGAAGCUCGUAAACCUAAAAUUAAGGUGGUGAUAGAAGAGGAAAUUCAUGAUGACUUUAACCUGAGUACAUAUAAGCAUCUGUGGAAGAAGUAAUUUUUUAGUACUAUUAACUAUUUAUGAAGGAAAAUAGCUUUUUAAUUUUGUUUUAUUUGUUAAUUUUUCAUAAAUUGUCAGGUUUAUUUUUCACAGAUUAUUAAUAUCCUUGCAUUUUUUUUGAGAGUAGACUGCUGAUCACAGAAAAUUUCAUGCAACUUAAUAUUAUUUUAUGUAUUUUUUAUAGUAUAUAAUUCAUUAUCUGACCAGCUUCAAAAUUAUGCUUGACAUAUAUCAGGAGUUAAAGUAAGAUGUGGCUCAUGCACCACUAAACAGCAGCUUUUGCUCUGCAGUUUCCCAUUAGUUUUGUCCAAUAGACAUGGUUGGAAAUGAGUUCUGGAAGUUGGAAGUACAUACUACAUUGCCUACACUCUGAAAAUUAGGUGGGCAUGUUGCAUAUUGUAGAGUUACUCAAAUUGUUAUGUCUACACAUUAUGACUACACUGGUACUAUUUGUCAAAUACCUAAUACCAUGAAAUGUUUCAAAGUUCCUCAGUAUCCUUCAGUGUCUACACAUUUCUCACUAAUGUUCUUUUUACUGUGAAUGUCCUGGGUUUCUCUGUAAUUAUGUAUUCUGGCAAUGGCACUUUAGUUUCACUCAGUUUUUGUUUUAUAAUGCUCUCAAAUCAUUUCAUCAUUAUUCUUUAAUCUUGGCUUGCAUUCAUGAACACUACUUAAACCGUAGCAGAAUAAAUUUUGGAGAAAAUUACCCUAAUUAAUCCUCCAGUUUUGUACUCGUGGCAAACUAGUACUCCAGGUCUAUAACUUUUCUAAUUACUGUACCUUUUUUUUUUCUGAUCAGUGUUCAUCACUACCCAUUUCAUAUUUUUUUAAAACAACAGCUGUCUCCCUCCGAAUCACGGUGAUCCAAAAAAGAAUUAAUGUAAAGUUUUUCUUCUUUUUACAUUUAGUAAUUGCUCCCUUCCUCUUAGAUAAUUCAGUUUAAUUUCCCAAGAAGGCAUAUUCAAGUUAAAAUAGUUAAUUACCAGUAUGGUAGAAUUAGAUGACUUGGUGAAGAAAAUAUUGCCAUUUUUUUUUUUUUUUUUUGUAUCAUUUCAAAAAAGAGGAGCUCUGGCAUUUAAUAAGCACUAAAAUAAAAAACAAAAAGUUUAAAAAAGAAUUACCAUGUAUUCUCAGCCAAAAGACAAUCUUUAUUUCAUCAUUCUUAUAAAAAGUACAGAACAGUAUUAUUAUGUUAAUAAUGUUUUAUGUAUUCAGGCAUUGUAAUAUAUAUUAAACUGUAAACAUAGGAAUGGUAACAGUUCUCAUAUAAAAAUCACCUUUAAAUGUCGUAUAUCACAUCUAACAAUAUUACUAUACUGUACUGUGUUAUGAUGUAUUUGUGGAAUUUUAUUCGAAUUAAGUAAAAUGAAGGUUUUAUUAUGGAAACAUGGCAGAGUCAGUGUUACCUUAUGAUCAAUGAUAUACUGAGAAAAAUAAUGCUCAGAAUAUUUAGACAUUAAACAAUUAAUUCAUUCCAGAUAGGCAGAGAUAUUUAAGUGAUUACAGACUAAUAGUUCAAUGACUGUACUGUAUUUACUGUUUUUUGCUUGAUGGAGAUCUAAACAUUUAAAAAGAAUUACCAUGCUGUAUUUUACUUUUUUCUGGUUAUGCCCUUUAUUGUGGCUAAAAUACAGUAUUAGUGUAUUGUAAUAGCUUUAUUUCACUGCCCUGGAAUUGAUGGAAAGUGCAUCCAGUAUAAUACUGUAUAUGCCACAAGUUCUGUAUAGUUCACUGGUAAGAUGGUUAAUAUAAUUUAUCUAGAUAGCUACUUUCAUAGAUGCAUAGGUUUUGUAGUAUGUACUGUACUUAAGACAAAUACAUAUAAAUACACAAAAUACAUAUAAAUACACUCCUAAUACAUGUAUUCCAAUGUAAUUAAGAAAAGGUUUCCAUAUAUGUAAUUUUCAGGUAUGAAAUUACCAUUCUGUACUAUGUAACUUGUACAUAUUUUUUUUAAUAAUGGUAUCAAAUA